AUGUUCCUCCCACUCAAACACAUUCUCCCCCUCCUCCUGACCACCCUAACAAGCCUAACCACCGGCUCCCCCGACCAAAAGCCAGCCUACCGAAUCACCUCCCCCGCGGACUCCGCGAUCCUGACCCCCAACACCCCCAGCGUGAUCUCCUGGUCCACCACGCAACGCACCUCAGCCAAACUCUCCAUCUACCUCGAAACCACCACCAACCACACCGCCCUCUACACCAUCGCCACCAACAUCACCAACUCGGGGUCCAUCUCCUGGGCCCCUCCCGCCCGCAUCCCGCCAGGCGAGGAGUACAUCAUCGUCCUCGACCCAACCACUUCCCCCGACAACACCACCACCUCUCCAUCUACUUCAAACGAUCCCCAGGGAGAAAAAGCAACCUACCAAUCCCUCCCCUUCACCAUAACGGGCCCCAAAGCCCCACCCAACAACUCCACCUCCACAGCAACAACAAACGCCACCACCGCAGAGGAACCAACCUACUACCCAACCGAAAACCAAGCCAUCGCGCGCGGCACAACCACCAUCGUGACGUGGCCCGUGACGCCGGACCAGAAAUCCGGGCACGUCAGCGUCUAUCUCACGGAGGGGCAGUCGGAGUCCACCGCCAAGAAUGUGUCGACGGUGGCCACGCACGUCGCCAACUCGGGGAGUCUGGCGUGCGUGCUGCCGCGGAAUCUGACGCUGGCGGAGGAUUAUCGGUUUGCGAUGGUUGGGGUGCAGGGUGGGGAGGAUGUGCGGUAUUCGGCGGUGUUUCGGGUGGUGGAUGGGGAUGAGGAAGAGAAUAGUGAUGGGAGGGAGGACGGUGAGGAGAAUGACGGUGGGGAUGAGGUUGAGGGUGAGGGUGAGGAUGUGCAGGAGAAGAAUGAGGGAGGUGAGGCUCAUGCUGCGGAGACGAGUGCUACGUCUACGGAGAGUGGGCUCGCCAGUGGCUCGACGGGGGCGUUGAAGUCGGAUUCGACGCGGAUUGCGACUGCGGAGGGGUCCAGGGUGGUGAGGAGUUGGGGCGGGUGGGUUGCGCUUGGGAUGGCGGGGGUCUUGCUGCUUGUGUAG